AUGGCCGAAAAAGCUGCAGCACUUUGCUCUCAUCGGCCCAACAAGUACAUCGUCAGCCGCCGAUCUCUUCUAGACCGCAACGUUGAUGUUCGACUCUACCUGAUCCUGACCGGAAGCAGCCUGCUACUGCUGCUACUGCUUGCGAAUUUUCAAGCGCUACGGUACGAACUUCACGUCGCGAGUAAUGAGGACGAAUUCCACGCGAAAUUCAACGACUGGAUUUGCGACUCGCGCGGCACUGACGUCUGCUCAAAGGCGGGCAGCUAUGAUAAAGUGCUGGGGAUGUUGGGGCCUACGGGCAACAGAACAUCGAGAGCAGAGACAUCGGCGCGUGCGUGGGAUUACUGCCGGAAAAAUCUGCUGCGGAGUGGCGAAUCGCUUACAACCUGGAUUCGUGCAACAUGA